AUGCUUACGAGGAGGGAGGACGCCGCGGACGAGGAGGAGCACGCCGCCGAUGACGCCGACGAGGAGGAACAUGCCGCCGACGACGAGGACGUCGAGGAACCCGCCGCCGAUGAUGCGGAAGAGGACGAGGACUCCGACUCGAAGUGGGCACGGCUGGAGGAGGCCUUGGCCGCCGAUGAGAAGGCGGCCGCGAAAAAGAAGGCUCGCGCGAAGAAGGUAGCCGUGGCGCGGGCGCGGGCCGCGGUGAUUGACGAGGAGGAGGACUAUGACGGCUCGUCGGAGUACUCCUCGUCAGAUGAUGACUCCUCGGAGUCCGCCUCAUCGGACGACAACUCCUCGCUGGACAAGGCUUCUCGCAAACGGGGGCGCCAGGACGACGACGAGGCAGAGUCGUCCUACAAACGUUCCAAGUAG